AUGGGCAAAGACGAUAAAGAAGACAGUGGCUUCGGUUUCAAGGACAAAGCCAAAGCGAAGGAAACUCUGCGCCUUUUGGAGGAACAUGAUAUGAAUUAUCGACGUUUAACUGUUAGAGGUCUAUUAGGGAGAGCUAAAAGGGUGUUGUCGUUGACAAAAGCAGAAGAAAAGAUUAAGAACAUAAAAGAAGCAAUGUCAGUUUUUGAGAAUUGGUUAGCGGAUCUCGACAAGAACAAACCGGAUAAGGCAGCGAAGAAGAAAGAAGAUAAGGAGGGGAGUACGUCCGAUGUAGAGAUGGAAGAAGAGAAGAAAGAGAAAAAGGAUUUACCGCCAGAUACGGUUCCUGGUCUUGGAUUCAAAGAUAAGGAGGCAGCAGAGAAUACAAUUAAAGAAUUGGAGGGUCGAGAUCCAGAUUACCAAAAGUUAGCUGUCAAAGGUCUUAUUGGUAGAGCAAAGCGCGUCCUCACAUGCACUAAAGAUGAAACAAAGCUAUCAAACAUCAAAGAGUCGAUUUCCAUAUUUGAGAAAUUCUUGGACGACUUUGAUACAAUGCACUUGAGCAAACAGAAUAACCCUUACUUGCCUCUAGGAGUGGUCAGGACCUGCCUCGACUUGGCUGGAGAUAAAGUGACGAAACAACAGAGAUCUUUCAUAGAUGCGUACGCGUCGGUAAACGGUGAAUAUAAGCGUCUGCGAACAGUUCUAGAAAAGGAAAGUGAGAAAUCAUGGGACAUUGUUAGGAAUACCGCUUUGAAAGAUUUAAAAGAAAAGCACGCGGAAGCUAAGCUGUUUAACAAUAAAGAUGAACCAACAGAUGAACACUUAGAAAUGUUGCUAUGGGUAUAUUCACCAGAAGCCGCUCGCGUUAAAAAACUUAUAUCUGAGAAAAAGGAGGAUAAGAACAAGCCGGCUACAGAUAAACGCGAGUCGAGUGAACGGAAGCGACGUCAUAGCGACAGAGAAGAAUCUCCUAGCAAAAAGAAGAAAGAAGAUUAA